AUGAAGACUCUGACAUCUCGACCAAACGGGCACCUUGAUAGCCAUGGUCGGAUUCCCCACAUCCCGGCGCCGGUUAUCGGGCGGGACUCGCACGACGUCACAAAGUGGGGGUUCGGGUUGUCUCAACCAGCUGAAUGCGAUAUGUUUUCAAGCAGUUUGAACCCUCCUUUAAACCCUCGGGUAAACUGUGUGUAUCGGAGCGCUACCAAAAUGACCGGAGUGAAGCUGCAGCCAACAAGAUUUGUGAGAUCGGUUCUCAAAUCCUUCAUGGCCGAGUCUGGUCUGGAGCCGAGGGUGGUGAAGCUACGUGUUGUGAAUGCAUCGAAGGGCAGAGUUGAUCUUGAGCUGGACAUAACGAAAGACCACACACUACUUACAAACCCUCACAAGAACCGCCUCAAGAUCAUCCAUGGAGGCACAAUUGCCAGUCUGGUCGACCUGGGUGGCUCCCUAGCCGUCGCCUCGGAAGGUCUGUAUGCUACUGGCGUUUCCACAGACCUAAACGUCACCUACCUCAAAUCGGGGGGCAAAGUGGGAGAUAAGCUUCAAGCGGUUGCGGAGUGCGAAAAGAUUGGCCCAACCUUGGCCUUCACCAAGGUUACCUUUACGAACCCCCUGGGAGAACUGGUAGCCAGGGGCAGCCAUACCAAAUAUGUCAAGGCAGCAUGGAAAGGAAGCCACCCAUAUACUCCUCCCGAGGGGGCUGAGAUUGCGGAUGAAGUUGACUGA